AAGCCGGUCAACCGUGAAAAGAAGGCAUAUAAAACGUCAGUUGUGUCUGUACCAACAUUACCAACACAACCCUCUAUCUAAACCAACGCUUGAUGCUAAACGCUGGAUAUAACCUGUAUAAUGUCUUAGGGCUUUCCUGAACUGUCUACAAGCCUAACUGUGGUCAUAAUUUCCUCUGGAUUUAUGACGUAUGUCUUGUUUACACCACUCGUAUCCUGGACCAGCAUAUAAGUAAACACUUCUACUCAUAUACGUACGUAGUAGUCACGGCACAAGAGGCAACCAGAAUCGACCGCAGCUUCGCAUGACAAGUACAGAAUAAUCACCACAAUUGAUUUCGGCCAUCAGUAUUGAUUACUUAGAUCAAUAUUUUUCAUUCUUAUUAUUCUUCACGGUGAUAUAUCCAUUCCACGAAGUCAGGAACUGUUAAUUUAUUUGUGAUAUGAAUAUCACCUGGAAUUAACUUUGUUUCAUCUGAUUGCUAAUGGGAACAGGUGAGAAGCUUGUCCUGAUGAAAACAAUUAAGGGCCAACCGAUUUAUUACCUGCAGAAAGAUGGUGUAUUAUAUCCACCUCUCCCAGACUACAGCAGUCACUUGAAAAAUGUCAGGAACUUUCGCUGUGAGCCUGAUGAUGUCUGGAUCUGCGGCUACCCCAAGUCAGGCAAUCACUGGAUGUGGGAAGUUGUUCAGAUGAUCCUGAAGGGCAAGGCCGAGUUCGCCACGGAGUUCAUGGAGAAGUUUCUCAUUGACUUUGAGAGUCUGGACUCUCCUUUCUUAACGGCCAAAUCUCGACGGAUUCUCGUGUCGCAUCUUCCCCGCAAGCACGUCCCCUAUUCCAUGUUCCAGAAAGGAAUAAAAAUUAUUUAUGUUGUCAGAAAUCCAAAAGAUGUAUCUGUGUCCGCCUACAACCACCUCUCGUCUGUAACAGACGACUUCCGGUGGAUCUCCUUCAGCGAGUAUCUUGACCUCCUGUUGCAAGGAAAAGUAUAUUAUGGGGACUGGUAUGAUCACGUGACCACAUGGAUCCAAGCAGCGUUAGCAAAUCCAAACAUCUUAAUAGUGAAAUAUGAAGAUAUGAAAAGGGACUUAUAUGGGCAAGUGAGGCGAGUGGCGGGCUUUCUUCGCCAGAACCCAGGCGAGCAGACGAUAGAGGACAUCGCAAACGCCUGCACCUUUGAAAACAUGAAGGGAAAGAAAACAGAGUGUAAAGACAAGUGGAGAGAGGACGGUCUUAUUAGCUCCGUGUAUAGAAAAGGGGAGGUCGGUGAUUGGCGCAACUGGUUUACUCCCGAAGAAAGUCGAGAGUUCGACGAGAAUCACAGAAGAAAGAUGGCGUCGUGUAAGUUCAGCGUUGACUUCACCCUGGACGUAGACUGAUUCCUCACCAACGUCGGCAGCUUCCCAGUCUCACUUAUAGGCUAUCAGACGUUGAGGCCAAGACGCUAAGACUCCCGAGGAGAAAUCUUCCACGCAAGCUGUUGGUCCGCAUUGAAGUUGACAUAUGCGCCAUCGGGUUCAAGCAACCACAUACUCUUUCCUUGUAGCAACGGAGCUGUCUUCGGACAAUUCUGGGUGUGAACACUGACAGAUGGGUUCACUCACAUACAAUACAGUUUAAACAUUAUUGUGAUGGGCAGAACGUUCUUCCCUAUCGUUUAACCACAGCGUAAUACCAUGAACUGACUUUUCAACAUUGAAGAUCUGAAUGCCGAAGAUACAGUUUUAAUAUUUACAUUAUGCACAGAGCGGUUUUUCUCCAUGGUAUGCCAUGAUUCUGAGUGUUUUAAUGGCGGAUAUAAUGGUCAGGUUACAGAGCUAGAAGUCCAUAUUGGACCGACAUGAUGUAAAGAAGUGUCAAUAUUUUUGUUAUAAACGAAACAGAAUCAGUUAUUUUACUGGUUCAUCCAUAUUAAUAGAAUUUGUCCGUCAUUUGUCGCAUGUCCUAAAAUCAUCCAUUGAUGUAUGAAAAUUGUGCUUCGUAACAUUAUUGUAAUUAUUUAUUACUUGAGUCGUCGUUCCUUGGUUCUAUGAAUCUUCAUUUCAGAAUAAUAUACACAUUCUUUACAUUUAAUCCCUCAUAGAUAAAUGAUUCGUUCCCCUUCAAGUUUCCUAUUUUCUGAAAUAAAUUUCACAAUUACAA